AAGAAAAAGAAAACCCUCCUCGCAUUCUUUACUUGUUUGGCUCAUCGAAUUAAGACUUUAUUCCUUAUGGUUAAAACUUUAUUUCUUACAGCAACUGACCAAGUGACAUAACAAGUGACCUUAACAGUGCGUGCUGAUGAUCUGACGACAUCUGGCCCAUCUGAAGUCUUUCUCCCACAGUCUCCAGUCUACUAUGAACGAGGAGAGAGACGAGGCGGGUCUUGCAUCUAAAACCCCUCUGUCUGAGGAACAUGGCUGCCAGAGUGAAGCUAAGAGAAGAUUCCAACAGGAGAGAGCAGACUGCCCUGUGCCCAGCUGUGCCUCCCUGAAGAGAGACUGGUCUAUGGAGCAUCCUCCUCAAUUUAAAGAAGGACGCCCCACUGGAGAGCAGAAAAGAGUCCAACAGGAGAGAGCAGACUGCCCUGUGCCCAGCUGUGCCUCCCUGAAGAGAGACUGGUCUAUGGAGCAACCUCCUCAAUUUACAGAAGGAAGCCCCACUGGAGAGGAGAAAAGAGUCCAACAGGAGAGAGCAGACUGCCCUGUGCCCAGCUGUGCCUCCCUGAAGAGAGACUGGUCUAUGGAGAAACCUCCUCAAUUUACAGAAGGAAGCCCCACUGGAGAGGAGAAAAGAGUCCAACAGGAGAGAGCAGACUGCCCUGUGCCCAGCUGUGCCUCCCUGAAGAGAGACUGGUCUAUGGAGCAACCUCCUCAAUUUACAGAAGGAAGCCCCACUGGAGAGGAGAAUCGACAAGAGGUGAGGUCAAAGGUUACCAGUGAUCUGCCUUCACAGCAGCCUCCAACAGAGCAGUUCAUGAGGGUUAAGGAGAACGCACACAAGUUUCUAGACGAGGAGCUGAAGAAGCUGUGGAGGGUUCACUUCCCUGAUUACCCACACUGCUCAGAAAGUCUGAGGGAGAAGGAUGACGUGGUGGAUGAGGAGGAUGAGGAGCAGAGGAAGCAUGCCCUAGAGGGCGUUUUAGACAUCACGCUGCUCUGCCUGAAGCAGUUGAAGCUGGAACAGCUGGCCAACAUUCUGCAGAACGGACAAUUAGUUGUUGAGUGCCAACAUAAAAUGAAGUCGCAUUUGAAGAAGAAAUCCCAGCGUGUGUUUGAGGGAAUAGUUGAAGCAGGAGAGUCAACACCUCUGAAUGAGAUCUACACAGAGCUCUACAUCACAGAGGGAGGCAGUGGAGUCAACAAAGAGCAUGAGGUCAGACUGAUUGAAACAGCUUCUAGGAAAGCCGCCAAGGGGAAUACACCAAUCAAAUGCGAAGACCUCUUUAAAACCUUACCAGGACAAGAUCAACCAAUGAGAAGAAUAAUGACAACUGGAGUGGCAGGCAUUGGUAAAACCAUCUUAACACAAAAGUUUACUCUGGACUGGGCUGAAGGCAAAGCCAACCACAAAAUAAACUUCACAUUUCCCUUUACUUUUAGAGAGCUGAAUUUACUGAAAGAUAAAGAGUUUAGCAUGGUUGAACUUCUUCAUUACUUCUUUAUUGAAACCAAAGACGCAGGAAUCUGCAGAUAUGACCAGCUCCAAGUUGUCUUCAUCUUGGAUGGUCUGGAUGAGUGUCGACUUCCUCUGGACUUCCAGAACAACCAGAUCUGUACUGAUGUUACAAAGUCCACCUCGGUGGAUGUGCUGCUGACCAACCUCAUCAGGGGUGACCUGCUUCCCUCCGCUCGUAUCUGGAUAACCACGCGCCCGGCGGCAGCCAAUCAGAUUCCUGCUGAGUGUGUUGACAUGGUGACAGAGGUGAGAGGGUUCACCGACCCACAGAAGGAGGAGUACUUCAGGAAGAGAUUCAGAGACGAGACGCAGGCCAAGACAAUCAUCUCCCACGUCAAGAAAUCACGAAGCCUCCACAUCAUGUGUCACAUCCCACUCUUCUGUUGGAUCACUGCCACAGUUGUGGAGGACUCCCAGAGAGGAGAGGAGAUACCCAAUACCCUGACUCAGAUGUUCAUCCACUUCCUGAGGGUUCAGUCCAUAAAAGGGGACAGGAAGUAUCAUAGGAGAGCUGAAACUGAUCUGGAUUUGAGUUCAGAGAGUAGAGAGAUCAUUGAUGUUCUGGGAAAACUGGCUUUUUACCAGCUGAAGAAAGGCAACCUGAUCUUCUAUGAGGCAGACCUGGCAGAGUGUGACAUUGAUAUCCAAGCAGCCUCAGUGUACUCAGGAUUGUUCACCCAGAUCUUUACAGAGGAGAGUGUGCUAUACCAGGAAAAGGUGUUCUGCUUUGUCCAUCUGAGUGUCCAGGAGUUUCUGGCCGCCCUUCAUGUAUUUCUGUCCUUUAUCUCCAGUGGUGUAAAUCUGCUCUCUGAUAAACAGCCACGGUAUAAAGGGUAUGGUGUCCAGCUCCUCUACCAGAGUGCUGUGGACAAGGCCUUACUGAGUGAGAACGGACACCUGGACUUGUUCCUCCGCUUCCUCCUGGGGCUCUCUCUGGAGACCAAUCAGAUUCUCGUAAAUGGCCUGCUUGGACUGACAGGAAGCAUCCAACGAACCAAUCAGGGGAUCGUCAGUUACAUCAAGGAAAGGAUAAGUGGAGAUCUCUCUCCAGAGAGAAGCAUCAAUCUGUUCCACUGUCUGAACGAGCUGGACGACCAUUCUCUAGUGGAGGAGAUCCAGCAGUACCUGACAUCAGGAAGUCUUUCCACCGAAUCACUCUCGCCUUCUCAGUGGUCAGCUCUGGUCUUCAUCCUACUGUCAUCAGAAGUGGACGUGUUUGACCUUAAGAACUACUCUGCUUCAGAGGAGGGUCUUCUGAGGCUGCUGCCAGUGAUCAAAGCCUCCAAAACAGCACUGCUGAAUGGCUGUAAUCUGUCCGAGAGAUGCUGUGAAGCUCUGGCCUCAAUUCUGAGCUCCAACUCCUCCAGUCUGAGAGAGCUGGACCUGAGUACCAAUGAUCUGCAGGAUUCAGGAGUGAAGCUGCUUGCUGCUGGACUGGAAAGUCCUCACUGUACACUGGAAACUCUCAGGUUGUCUGGCUGCUUGGUCACACAGGAAGGCUGUGAUUCUCUUGCCUCAGCUCUCAGCUCCAACCCCUCUCAUCUGAGAGAGCUGGACCUGAGCUACAAUCACCCAGGAGACUCAGGAUUCACCCUGCUCUCUGCUGGACUGGAGGAUCCACGCUGGAGACUUGACACUCUGAGUGUGGAGCACAGUGGAGUGUGGAGGCUGAAACCAUCCCUUAAGAAGUAUGCCUCUACAUUCACACUGGACCCAAACACAGCCCAAAGAUAUCUCACUCUGUCUGAUGAAAACAGAAAGGUGAUGCUGGUUGGAGAGGAACAGUCGUUUCCUGAUCACCCGGAGAGAUUUGACCCCUAUCCCCAGGUGUUGUGUAGAGAGGGCCUGACUGGCCGCUGUUACUGGGAGGUGGACAGGGAAGGAGGUGUUACUAUUGCAGUAGCAUCCAGAGGAAUCACAGCAGAAGGAAGGGAGGACAGCAGGAUUUGCAACUACAAAAAGGCAUGGAGUCUUGAUUGUAAUGGUGAUCGUUACUCUGCCAAGCAUAACGGUAUAAAUACAGUCAAACGUCUCCCCCCCUCUGGCUCUUACAGAGUGGGUGUGUAUUUUGACCAGCCUGCCGGCACUCUGUCCUUCUACAGAGUGUCCCCAGAUGUAGGAGGGUCCUCGGACACACUGACACACAUCCACACCUUCCAGUCGUCAUUCCCCCAGGACCUCUUCCCUGGGUUUGGGUUUGGUUGGUUGGGUUCCUCAGUGACCCUAUGUCAGCUUUAGACACACUCACCCAUUCACACCAAUACAGACACACAUUCACUCACAAGCACACCAUGGAUCUCCAUGAUUCUCGGAGUGUCCCAGCGCCCGGUGUGACGCGGCUGUAGGUUGAGUGGCCCUAGGUCGAGCUCUGACACUCGUUCCCGAGGGACGCUAUGCUCCGUUCAAGCUUGUCAUGCCAAAAAUAAAAUGGUGUUUCGGCAAUUUGCGGCGUCUUCUUUGAAGAUGCCGCUCGAGCCCAGGCGAGGGGGUAUUUCAGACGCACGAUCCAGUUCAAUCUGACUAAAUCUGAUUACAAUGAAAAUAGGAUCUCUUGUCCUUCUAAUUAUAACAAAAUAUAUUAUCCGACGAAGGUCUAUGCGUGUUUCAGUGUAAAUGCAAACGAAAAGGUUAUAUUCAAAUGUGUAUCUUUAUAUAUAAUUUGUAUAGGUUGUUCGUGUUCGUAAUCGUGGUCGGAAAACUAUAUCGCUCCCGACUGGCUGGCGUUUUCCUAAUGCGUUCCCCUCUUGGGCCUCACAUCCUGGUUACCUAUAUUGAGUUCCAGGAGGCCUCUCAAGCCAACAUAAAACUGCCAGCAGGGGGAGGUCAAUUUCAAUAAAAUAAAACUAAGAAUAAAUUCACCUAACAAAUGGGGAACUUUUUAAGUCAUAAAUGUGUUCAAGUGAAAUCACUAAUUUGUGUGUGUGUGUGUGCGUUUUACAUGAAAAUGUUGUUGACAUAUUUGGAAAACCCAAAAUCGGUUGUUGUAAACCAAAAAGUUAAAUUCAGAAAUGUAAGCAUAUACAUUGGCCGGGACGGAUCGAACAAACUCCAUAUCAAAAACACUUUGCAAAUUCUUAAAACAAAAGUGCAUUCAUUAUCAUGUUUUCUGUUAAUGCGCUUGUGUACCAUGUUUGUAUGCUCCCUGACUGAAGGCAUGCACAUCAACAUCGGUAAUUGAUUUACAAGUAAUGAUUUACAGUCAAAGAUUAUAGAGGUGAAUUGUGAACAACUGUUUAAAUUCCCAGUACUCAACUCUUCAACCGUCACACCGUGGUUAAACAUCAAAAUGAUGACAUAACAGCUGUAAAACAAAACAACACAUUGUGUUGGGUUGAGGAUUGAGUUUCUGCUAAUGUGGCCCCCUGAGCCAAUGUGUGGCUCCACUGUUUUAGAUCCAUGGGAACUGGAAUGGGGUUAAUGUUGUAUACAUUGUUACGUUAAUAAAGUUUGGUGUUAAUCUUG